GCUUGAUUCAUAUCCACACUAAACUAGAAACAUUCAUCUUUCUACUAUAUCUAUUAAUUAAUAUAAGGGGAAUCACCAAAAUGCAGAAGUUUUCUGCAAUCUUAGUGGUGGUGCUACUCUGUGCAACCUCCAAUGGUGUUCUAUCUUUCAUUGAUGGAUUUUUGCCAAAUGGUCAAUUCGAAUAUGGGCCAAAGCCUCACCAGAUGAAGGGUACUAGAGUGAUCGACCCAAAGGCGAUACCAAACUGGGAACUCACCGGGUUUGUUGAGUACAUAAAAUCGGGUCAAAAACAAGGUGACAUGUUGCUAGUAGUACCUGAAGGAGCUUUUGCAGUUAGGCUAGGAGAGGAUGCAUCCAUAAAGACAAAGGUUAAUGUGAAAAAGGGGUUGUUUUAUUCCAUCACAUUUAACGUGGCUAGAACUUGUGCACAAGAGGAAAGGUUGAAUGUCUCGGUGUCUCCGAAUUCAGAGCCCAAUGAUUGGGGAAUCUUGCCAAUGCAAACCAUGUAUAGCAGCAAUGGUUGGGAUACUUACUCAUGGGGGUUCUUGGCUGAAGCUAAUAACAUUGAGAUCGUGAUCCAUAAUCCAAGUGUCGAGAAAGACCCGGCUUGUGGUCCUCUCAUUGAUUCCAUUGCACUAAAGGCCUUAUUCCCCCCUAGAAGAACCAAUGUUAAUAUGUUGAAGAAUGGUGAUUUUGAAGAGGGUCCAUUUGUAUUACCAAAAACCGACGUUGGUGGAGUUCUAAUCCCUCCUAACAUCGAGGACGACCAUUCCCCUCUCCCUGGUUGGAUGAUUGAGUCAUUAAAAGCCGUGAAGUACUUGGACUCGGAACAUUUUGCUAUCCCAAAGGGCAAAAGAGCCGUGGAACUCAUUGCGGGAAAAGAAAGUGCCAUUGCCCAGGUGGUCAAGACCAUCCCGGGCAAAGUAUAUGCACUUUCUUUUGUAGUUGGGGAUGCCAACAACGCAUGUGAGGGGUCCAUGAUUGUAGAGGCAUUUGCGGGUAAAAACACUCUUAGGGUGCCUUAUGAAUCCAAGGGCAAGGGUGGGUACAAACAAGCCGUUCUUAAGUUCAAGGCCGUGACAGCACGUACAAGAAUUAGGUUCUUGAGUACAUUCUAUCAGAUGAAGACUGAUGGUUCUCUUUGUGGUCCAAUCAUCGAUGAUGUAAGAUUGAUUGGGGUUCGAUAUGCUAAACAUGCUUAAUUUGUUUUAGUUCUUCGCCCGGAUAAUCAAAAGCGUGGCAUAGGGAUGCUUGAUCGUCACCUAUGAUGUUUAUUUAGCACGUUAUGUUAUUAUAGUUGUGUAAUGUUAUUUCUAUUCGUGUGCUAGAAAGAAAAAAACACGUUUUAAAGUACUUGUUAUACUGUUGAACCGAUGUUUGCCGGAAUAGAUCAUAUGAAGCAGUUAUUCUAUUAAGCAAUAA